GAGUUGAGGUUGGCAUCUUCUGAGACACCACAUAGGGGAGGAUGGCACAGACCGUGCGAGAUGCCAUGCUCAAGGCCUUGGAUGACUUGGGUGAGAAGAGCUUCAAGAGGUUCUGUAACAAAAUAAUGGACUGGAAUAUUGAGAAGGGCUUCAACAAGAUCCCCAGAAGCAAGCUAGAGAAGGCAGAAACCGACGAUGUCGCGACUCUGAUCCUGAGUUUCUACAUGGACUCUUAUGGAGCAGAGCUGAUGGUGGAUGUUCUACAUGCCAUCAAUGAGAAGCAAGUGGCCACGGACCUUAAGACGGACCUGGACAAUGGUGCUAUAGAGUUGGUUUGCUUCAGGGUUUGUGUCAAUGGCCUUCGAUGGGCUAAUGCUCUUGACAGACGCUUCGGAGAUGAUUCAGAAUUCAAUACAGGUGCAGUUGACCUGCAUUUGGCUUGCAUUUGA